AUGACCUCUUCACAAAAGAUGAGCAAUAGUGGCAACUCAGUACAACUACCAUUGAGUGUUAGCAAUGGCAACUUGACCACAUUGAUACCUCAAUCAAUGAUCAAACAGUACGAUCAAGAGGUCAUCCACAUGUUUGAACGCAACUCUCCAGAGGAGAUGAAGAACAUAGAAUCAUCGACCAGAUACGAGAUAGAGGAUAAGAAGAGACAGCUUAGAAGAUUGAUUGGUAACAAGUAUAGAGACUUAGUUGAGGGAUCAGACUCGAUUGUCAAGAUGAAGAAGUCAUGCAUGACCAUCACUGAGAAGAUUGGCAACAUGCAAUCAAGUCUCAAAUCAUUCAGUGAGAGACGUCUGAAGCACAGCAGUCUUCAUUCAAACAUCACCAACAACAACACAGGCAACACAGACACAGACACAGACACAGAUAGUACAUCAGCAGAUGAGGAUAGUAUUAUAGCGAUAUCUAGACACGCCAAGUUCUUGAUUGAGAUCACAGAGCGUAUAUGGAGAGCAAUCGAUCACAAUGAGUUCUAUGAAGCGGUGGUCCAGUUCCUCAAGGCGAGACAUCUGUACAUGCUGAUGACCGCCGACAGCCAACCACAGACAAUCAAGCGACUGAUCAUCACCAUGCCCCUGGUCGAGACGCAGUGGCUGACCAUUCAGCAAUUCCCCGCAAAGACAACACUGUCGGCCAAGGACUACAUGAAGAAGGCCAACCUGUCGAUCGAGCAGUACAUUGGCUGUCUGUCCACACUCGUACUCUUUGACAACAUGACUCUGGACAACGUGAUGCAAGAGUUCCUCAAGCUACGCUCAUCGUUGUUGGGUGGCAUUAUCCAGCAUGGCACGUCGCAGAAACAGCCAGUCCGCAUAACAGUCCAGCGCAUGGUCGACUCAAUCAAGACGACACUACUCUUUGUUCUCUUGAUGUUCUAUCCUACAUCAUCAAGUGAUGGACAGCAGCAGGACGAUUCCGACUCGUCAACCGAGGUGGACAACCUUGCACAUCUGCCCGUGCUCACUUUCACAUCGUCCAUGCUUGAGACCACAUUCACAUGGAGUUGUCCGUACAUGCACAACGCAAUCGACUACUUGGAUCAGGUGGACAAGGGCAAGGGCGACAGGAACAGAUGGGAGCGGGAGAACAAUGAGACAGCACGUGUGGACAAGCGAUCAUCCACUCAAACGACACACUCGAGUGGCAAAGCAAAGCAAUCAUCAGCCCUUCACCUCCAUGUGAGCGAGCAAGCGAUACAUAAGCUCACGUUGGAGUGGCUCGAUCAAGUUGUUCAGACGAUCCGAGCAAGAUCAAACGAGUUGUUUGCGCCAGUGACCAAUGCCAAGGAGCUGUCACGUCUGCGAGCAGAGGUGUUUGAGGAGCUGGCAACAUUCAGAAGUGUCGUGGACAAGUUUGGCGACACAUCCACAACAGCUACAUCAACAGCCACAUGGAACAAUGUAAUCAAAAGAGUUGUUGGGGUGGACACACCGUGCAUCAUCGAUGUGUUUGAGGAGAUACUCUUGCUCAAGUCUGAGCAGAUCAUAGAGACAGCAUUCUCAUCGAUCAAUCUGACAAGCCUGCUGCAGAGCAAGCUGCAGCAGACCAAAGCUGAGGACAAGGACUACAGCGACUAUCUGUGGGCCUACCACGACGACGCCACUCAGUCCAUCAAGAACAAGACCAAUGGAAUCACACCCCAGAUGGACCUAUUCUUGCAACAAGUGGGCCAGAUGUACUCUGGAUGCAUCAGCGACUUCCUCGACCUGUUCCCCGCUUCCUCUGGUACCGCCGCCGCCGCCGCGAAGGAGGCAGGCAAUCUCAUAUCACCGACUCAGUCUCGAGUUGCAAGCAGUCGAUUGCUCAGCAAGAGGCAACAACAAUCACAGGAGCAGUCAAUCGUUGAGAAGUACGAGCUCAAAGAGAAUGAACUGCGACAGUUCAUGCGCAAAUCAUUCCACAACUCUAUUCGUCAGUUCUGUACCAACAAUCAAAGCACUGUCGCCGCAUUGGCCACCAGUGCCAUCAACAGUCUGGUUGGCUCUGGCAUUGGCAGCAGUGGUGGUGUGAGCAGUUCCAAGGCAUCAUCGUCAUCGUCGGCGUCGUCCAACAUCCAGGACAUCCUGUUCAUAGCAAAGACAUCCAAGCUACUCUAUCGACAUAUUCAACAACAACCCCAACUCUACUUUGUAGCAAGUGCAUCAGAGUCCACUGGAGCCACAUCGCCAACAUCAAACAGACACAACAGUCACAGCAGCAACAGCAACAACAACAACAGCACCAACAAUAGUGGUCACGAGACUCUCAUAUUGCAACUGGUUGAUGAGCUGAAAGAGGUACACUACAUUGGAUUCAUUGCUUGGGUCGAGUACAUCACCACACUACAUUGUCAAUCACUCAAGCAACGAAUGAACUCUGAUACCAUGGUAUGGGAGCAUGCCCAACAAUUAACCAGAUCAUGGGAGAGACACACGAUUCCAGGAGUUGAACAACAACCAGACGCCCAGGUGUUGACACCAUACCAACCAUCAGCAUACAUCCUAUCACUCCUAUUCGACAUAUCACUGGAGAACAACAAGAUAAGCAUCAAUACUCUGGACAAGAACAUUCAACAAUAUAUCGCAUUGACACUCACGAACAAGGUGUACAAAGUGGUACAGUCAUACUUGGCAUUGAAGACUACAAGUAGCUUCACACCCAUUUGCAAGGAGGGCUAUCUACAGCUAUACGUCGACUUUAAGUAUCUUGGAUGUAUACUCUAUGGCAACAAGAAGGCACAGCCUAUCAAAGACCCUGUGUUCAACAAGGCCAAGGCCCUCUAUGAUCGCAGCAUUGUAUCAUCAUCAUCGUCGUCCAGCACAGACACGACUACACCAUCAGCAUCGAAUAGAACAUUCCAAGAUAUACUAUCAUUGAUUGAGGAGAAGAUUGACACUGUGGACAUGAUACUUUACAAGGACUUCAUCAACAGAUUCGUCGAAUCAACAUACUCCAAGACAUCAACCAUGUUUGGAUACUUUACCAAGUCGCACAGGUCGAUCAUCAAACAGGAUCAACAGCAAUCGAGGCCCAAGUCAGCGACGAAUGAACAACCAAGUACCAUGCCACUGGCACGCUGUAAUGCCAAGUUCCAACUAUUCUCCAUUGAAUCAAUACCGAACCAGACACCACCAGCCACUCCAGAGAUGAGGCGUGCAGUAAACAGUGGUGCUGGUAGUGGAAUGAUGAAACCAUCACCAAUGUCAUCAUCAACUACAUCACCAUCACUUGGCAGAGCAAAUGCCACUGGUACCAAUGCCACUGCUGCACCGUCUGGAAGUGGAUCAACAGGAUCAAACAACAAUGCAUCAAAGUCAUCUUCAUACUCACUGAUGGAGCAGAUGAGCAAGAAGAUACAACAGCAACUAACAAACAUUGGAAAGUAA